CGAGCACUCCGUCCGGUUCUGCGGGCUCAAGGGGAGAGACGCCGAAGCACCAUGGCUCUGUUCUAAACGCGUUUAUUAGGAGAAGUGUGAUCAAUUUACCGGCAAUCCGUCACCAUCCGCGCCUUAAUCAUGGACCUCCAGUCAAGAGGCUUGUUCUGGGGGCAUCAACUUUGUCAGUAAUAACCUCUGAAAACUGUAUUUAUUAUUUUUCAACCCCAUACUGUCACUUUUUUGCCUUUGCACGCUACAUGGGAUUUAAACCUAAAGUGUCAGGAGCUAGCCAACACUUCAUACUUGAUCAGUCCAAAUAACCCCGUGGAAACGGAGACAUCCUAUGUUAGUCAAGUACAAUAAAACAAACUUCUAAGAAACGCAUUGACGGAGUUCUGCCCUCAAGUUUUCUUACUUGUCUGCGGUGCCGGCGUAACCUGGUAGCGAGAACACUACAUCAGAAUACUAAUUUAGAGUUUGGCAGGCAGGUGUGAGGCCCCCUCAUGCAGAACCACAGGAAAUGAAUAAACCACCACAGCCUAUCACAGGACCCCCUUCUGUUCCCCACCCUGCCCAAUCACCAGGACUGACACAGCCCGCCUAUCCCCCAGGCCAGCCUCCCUCUGUUGUCUAUCCUGGCCAGUCUCCACAAAUGAACACUGCACCGCAACCCAGACAGUUUGCCCCAGGCCCUCGUGCUUUACACCAACAGGGUGGAUUCAGGUCACUGCAGCAGACAUACUACAACAGGCCCAACAUGCAAGGCAGUGGCCCUCGGGUCCCACCCAGCAACACCCCCCGGUCUGUUGGACCCACUCACGUCUACCAACCUACCUCACAGGUGAUGAUGAUUCCUCAGCAACAGUUGCCAUAUGCCAACCCUCAGGGCCAUGCUUUCUUCAUACAUGGACAGUACCGUGCCCCAUACAUGCCCCAGGCUCAGCAGUACCAGGUACCCAGUGGAUCUGCAAGUUUCUACCCUGGAAGCAGUCCCGCUGAAUACGGUACAUAUGCGGGUACUUAUUACCCCGCACCACAGCAGUACCCCACAUCAGUGGCCAACACUGCUGUCAUGAUUACCCCUGCCCAACAGCAGCCGGCCCCUCCUCCACAGCAAGCUCCUCCUCAGCAGACGGGGCCAGUCAAGAGAGAGCGCAAAGUGAUCAUAAUACGUGACCCUAACCAGGGAGGACGUGACAUCACAGAAGAGAUUAUGUCUGGUGGGCGAACGACCUCCACACCCACUCCUCCACAGACUGUUGGUUCAGAGUCUGGAGGUACUGUUCAGACCAAUGGUGAAAGUGUUCUGCCUGUUUCUUCCAUGAUCAUAUCAGAUGAUCAAACAAAGCCUGUAGCCCCUCCUCCAACUGUCCCCACCCCCCCUCCAUCAAAAACACCAGAGCAAGCCCCUGCUGCACUUUCGGAUGCCGAUUCUAAACCCGUGUCAGAGGACAGACCUGCUUCACCCAUUGGCAAGGUUUCCAUUCCACCAAGAGAGGACUCUGAUGUUAUCGCUGCAGCGUCCUACGCACCUCCACCGGUUUCGUCUUCUCUAACAAACAAUCCUAAACAUCCAGAGCCACAAGUUGCUGACAGUGUAGAUGCUCCUGUCGUCCCAGAAGCCCCUGCUCAGGAGGAGUCUGAAGAGUCUUCUGCUGAAAUGGAGCAGACAUCGGAUGGAGUAGAAGAUGAGCUAGAGGUAGCUGAGGAGAAAGAGUCAGAGCUUGUGGCUGACAUAGAGCCAACAUCAGACUCAAGCUCAGCUACCAUCAUCUCCACCUCUGUGGAGGCUCCUGCUGUAGCAAAUAAUAGCAGUGACGAAGCUUCUAAGGAUGCCAUGCCUGCUACCACAGUAACACCGGUUGCCGAGUCAGCCCUUGAGUCAAAGGAACAGCCUUUGCUAAACGGUUUGCCUCAGGAUUCUGAAGCGCCUCCCGAUGCGGAGCCCGAGUGCUCAACUAAUCCAGUUGCAGAACCAGUGGUUCCUCAGGUCCAGCAGAGCUUCCUUACUGCUGCGAAUGCACCGGUGGAGGAAGAGAUUGAGCAAAAAGCAGAAGAGAUCCCCACCCCUGCAGCAAGCUGCCCUGUUGAGGAGACAACUAUGCAAGCUGCCGUGACAUCAAUGCCAAAGAAGAAAAAGAAAAAGGAUCUGAAUAAGAAAGAUGUGGGAGAUGUCCUAGAUGCCUUCAAAGAGCCAGAGGAGGAGAAACCUGACCCUGAGCCAGAGGUUCCUCAGAAAGCGCCCUCCCCGGUUCCAGCCCCUGUUUUACCACCAGAGGAGACUGAGGAAACAUGGGAGGACAAGGAGGAGAAACUUGACUCAGAAAAUAUUGAGCCAGAGGCACCAAAACCUGUGGAACAGAAGUAUCAGUAUAAAGAAGAGCAGUGGAAGCCUAUCGACCCAGAGGAGAAGAAGCGAUAUGAUCGGGAAUUCCUGCUCGGCUUCCAGUUCCGUACCGCGAGCAUGCACAAGCCUGAGGGUUUGCCACUCAUCAGUGAUGUGGUGUUGGACAAGGCAAAUAAAACCCCAUUGCGGCCCUUGGAUCCCAGGAGUCUGAUGAACUGUGGGCCUGACUUCACACCCUCAUAUGCUAACUUGGGCAGACAGUCAUCUGGAGGAGGACGAGGACCGAUGCACCCCUCUCAGUCUGGACGGCGCCCUCAGCCUGGGCGAGGGAAAGACCAAGUCAGUCGCAACCCCAAGAUCAUCACCAGCCUGUCUCUCAAAGACAAUGUGGAACUCAAUCAGGCUGAGAACGCUUGGACACCCUCGGUUAAGAAGCAAGUCAAAAGCCGCGAUGCGGAGGAUGAGGACGAUUCAGAGGCCGCUAAAACGAAGGAGCUGUUCCGCCGCGUGCGCAGCAUCCUUAACAAGCUCACGCCGCAGAUGUUCCAGCAGCUGAUGAAGCAGGUGACGGAGCUCACCAUAGACACAGAAGAGAGACUCAAGGGCAUCAUUGACCUCACCUUUGAGAAAGCCAUCUCCGAACCCAACUUUUCUGUAGCUUAUGCCAACAUGUGCCGCUGUCUUAUGGGGCUUAAAGUCCCCACUUCAGAUAAACCAGGAGUCACUGUGAAUUUCCGCAAACUACUGCUCAAUCGUUGUCAGAAGGAGUUUGAAAAAGAUAAAGAUGACGACGAGAUUUUUGAGCAGAAACAAAAAGAAUUGGAGGCCGCCGCUGAGGAAGAGGAGCGUCAGCGUUUGAAGGAUGAGCUGGAGGACUCUAAGGACAAGGCACGCAGAAGGUCGCUCGGCAACAUCAAGUUCAUUGGAGAACUGUUCAAGCUGAAGAUGCUGACAGAGCCCAUCAUGCAUGACUGUAUCGUAAAGCUCCUGAAGAACCAUGAUGAAGAGAGCUUAGAGUGCCUGUGCAGACUGCUGUCUACCAUUGGCAAAGACCUAGACUUUGAAAAGGCCAAGCCUCGCAUGGAUCAAUACUUCCACCAGAUGGAGAAGAUCAUUAAAGAUAGGAAGACGUCUUCUAGAAUCCGCUUCAUGCUUCAGGACGUUAUAGACCUGAGAAGGAACAACUGGGUGCCCAGAAGAGGAGAUCAGGGUCCCAAGACCAUUGAUCAGAUCCAUAAAGAGGCUGAGAUGGAGGAACACAGAGAGCAGGUCAAAGUGCAACAACAACUGCUGUCUAAAAAGGACUCCAGUCAGGGGCGAGGCGGACGCGGCGGUCCGCACUCUUCAGGGGGACGUGGUAGCCAAACGCAGGAUGAGGGCUGGAACAUAGUGCCUAUCACCACCAAGAGCAGACCGAUUGACACCAGCCGUCUCAGUAAAAUUACAAAGCCUGGUGAUUUCAACAACCAACUGCUGGCCCCGGGAGGAAAGGGAACAUGGGGUAGCUGGGGCAAAGGGAGCAGUGGGGGUUCUGGAGCAAAGUCUACUGGGGAACAAGACUUGGGAAGACCUGCCACCAGCACGCUCAACCGCUUCUCUGCAUUGCAGCAGUCUGGACCUGCAUCUUCAUCCUCACUGGACUCGGAUCGUAGAGUGCCACAAAGAAAUAGUUCCAGCAGGGAUCGUAGUGAUAGGGAUCGAAGUGAACGGGACAGAGAUCGCUUUGAGCGCUUUGAUGGUAGGCGUGAUGACCGGGACAGAGGCAUGGACAGACCACGUCCUGCCAUCACCAAACGCAGCUUCAGCCGUGAAAAUGAAGAGAGGAGAGGUGACAGCCGUGGACCAGCAGAAUCUGUACGCCGUGUUGCCAGCAUGACAGAGAAUCGUGACCGAGGCAGUCGUGAACGUGAUCGAAGCAAAGAUACAGCGAAUCCUUUGUCAGCUCCUACACCACCACCUCCUGCUCAAUCCAAACCAGCCCUGAGUGAGGACGAGAUGGAUAAGAAAUCUAAAUCGAUUAUUGAAGAGUAUCUCCACAUCAAUGACCUGAAGGAGGCAUUGCAGUGUGUGCAGGAGCUGAACAGUUCCUCUCUGCUCUUUGUGUUCGUACGGAAUGGUGUGGAAUCCACACUGGAGCGCAGCACCAUUGCAAGAGAGCACAUGGGUCUGCUGUUUCAGAAGCUUGUUAGUGUUGGAAUACUUCCUGCCGAAGAGUAUUAUAAGGGACUACAGGAGAUUCUGGAAAUAGCUGAUGACAUGGCUAUUGACAUUCCGCACAUUUGGCUUUACCUGGCUGAGAUCAUCACACCCAUGUUACAAGAGGGAGGCAUCCCCAUGGGCCAGCUCUUUAGGGAGUUGUCCAAACCUCUUCUGCCUAUGGGAAAAGCAGCUGUUCUGCUGGUUGAACUGCUUAACCUUCUCUGCAAAGGGCUUAGUCACAAAAAGGCUGGAGUUAUGUGGUUAGAGGCGGGACUUAGCUGGAAAGACUUCUUGCCUGAGGAUGAGGAUGUCAAUAACUUUGUUACAGAGAAGAAGAUGGAGUUCACUCUGGGUGAGGAGUCCGAGAAGCCCAGUAAGAAAGAGCUGACUGCAGAAGAGCUGAGUAAACAUUUAGACAGGUUGUUGCAGGAAAAAGCCAACAACCAGAGGAUCUAUGACUGGAUGGAGGCCAACCUAGAUGAGCAGCAGAUUAGCUCCAAUCAGUUUGUGCGGGCGCUGAUGACGUCUGUGUGUCAGUCGGCCAUUAUAUGUGAGAACCCUUACAAGGUGGAUUUGGAGCAGAUUAAGCAAAGGGCCAAACUGUUACACAAGUACCUGUCCGAUGAACCGAAGGAGCUGCAUGCGCUCUACGCUCUCCAGGCUCUCAUGGUGCAGAUGGAGCAGCCAGCCAAUUUACUCCGCAUGUUCUUUGACGCUCUAUACGAUGAGGACGUGGUAAAGGAGGAGGCCUUCUACAAAUGGGAGUCCAGCAAAGACCCGGCAGAGCAGCUUGGGAAGGGUGUGGCCCUGAAGUCAGUCACUGCUUUCUUCACGUGGUUACGGGAGGCUGAGGACGAGGACGAGUCUGACAACAGCUAAUUCUGAACCACAAUGGUCCAGUUAUCACUGGACGAAAACCAGUGCUGGAGACUGGAGGAGGACAUCCGACAAACAGAGCGAACUUGAUCCUUAUGAAGCCAGUCUUAUCUGUUGAGGGUGGCUCAGAUAUAAACUACAAUCAUUCUCGUCGUUUCUUUUGCGCUCUUUAUCUCUUGUGGCUGAAGUCCACCAAAAACGAAAUAAAAUGUAAAAAAAGAUCUGCAGGACUGCUUAAAUGUUUUAACGAUUCAUUGUCAUUUAUAUUUUGAGAAAUUCUUAAACUGUACAAACCAACGCUGCUCUUACAUGUUAAUAUAGAUUUAUAUGCAACGUGUUGUGUGACAGAGCAGAUGUGAUGUCAUACAUCAUGUGUAGAGGAGGGUAUGAUGGUGAUCAUGUCUUUUAGGUUUGUAAUGUCAGAUCAAACAUGGAGCUCUUAUGAUAGGGAUUGUUUUCUUUCACGUGCGUGAGAGGAAUUCGUGUUUUUAAAUCGACAAAGGAGAAAUGUAUGCUGAAUUCUCAGUGACAAAUGAAAUUCGAGUGGUGUUUGUAUUUCCCCUUUCUUUGCUUCCUAUUUACUUUAGUAAGGGGUGGGCCUGUUGAACUUCAGGAUGACAGUGACUUUGACCUUUUAGACCUUUUUAGUGCUGCUGGAAGAGGAGGGAGGUCCAACAUGCUUCCUAAACAGGCCAUCCAUGUCCUGCCUCCUGCCCCACACUUUUGCAUCUUACCUCUCUUGAAGAACUGGUCAGGGUCUUCGUAGAAGCCCUGCUUGAGCAAGCCUGCAGUGGAAUUUUAAGAGAAAUCAUUAAAACUUGAAGCAUAUAUAAAAAUCAACUUGAUGAAAUGACAGUAAUGAUCCUAAAGCCUUUUCUACUUGCAAAGUGGAAACACAUUUCAGGAGCAUUCUGUACAUAUAUAUGGAAAUGUUUUUUUGUUUUAUUUUCAGAAAUUAAAAGUAAAAAAAUCUGAUGUUAUGCCAUUUAUUUUUUCCAACAGAAAUGGCAGUUUACCUGUAUUUAAGAUUUGUUUUCUUCCACAUGGUAAGAGGUGCUUACAAUGAGCAGUUGACUAGUUUUAUUGAAACGAAUUGUGUAAAUAUUUUUUGCUCUAUUAUUUAAGGAAUUAAUGCUUUCGCAUCGAACUGGAAACGUUGGAGAGUUGAAACAUUGCAAAUAAUAAAAGACUUUCAAGUUGCUAAAUAGAGUGUGUUUGAGGGA